GCUGCAAACGGCAAUAAAGCAAAUUCAAUUGUGACUGCGGUUGUCAAACAAUUCUUGCGUGGCGUGUGUGUGCAGUAUCGAAUUUUUGCCAUAACUACUCCUGCUAAAAGCGAACGGGGCUUGUUUUUGUUUUAUUCAGAGCUGGCAAACAAGGCCGAGGCAACGAGCAAUUUUUGCUGUUCCACGGACGGAAAGGAACCGAACCAAACAGAACAGCACAGAACAGAACAGAACGGAACGGAACGGAGAGAGCCACAUUAAAAUGGCUUUGAAUGGCUUUGGUCGGCGUGUCAGUGCGUCUGUCCUCUUAAUCGCCUUGUCGCUGCUCAGCGGAGCGCUGAUCCUGCCGCCGGCUUCGGCGCAGCGUGACGAGAACUAUCCACCGCCGGGCAUCCUGAAAAUGGCCAAGCCCUUCCACGACGCGUGUGUGGAGAAGACGGGCGUCUCCGAGGCUGCUAUUAAGGAGUUCAGUGAUGGCGAGAUCCACGAGGACGAGAAGCUCAAGUGCUACAUGAACUGCUUCUUCCACGAGAUCGAGGUGGUGGACGAGAACGGAGAUGUGCACUUGGAGAAGCUCUUCGCCACGGUGCCGCUGGCUGUGCGGGACAAACUGAUGGACAUGUCCAAGGGUUGCAUUCACCCAGAGGGAGACACCUUGUGCCACAAGGCCUGGUGGUUCCACCAGUGCUGGAAGAAGGCAGAUCCCAAGCACUACUUCUUGCCUUGAACACCUGGCCGACAUCUUUUCCAAUCCUCCCGUUGGCGACCCCGCGCUAUUUAUGCUGCAGUUUAGUUUUUCUAGUUUUCAAUAGCCGUCGAGUAAUAAAUGUAGGCGAGUUGUGCAUGCAA